AUGAAUGAGCUCUUGUCCAAGAAGAAGAAGCUCAGUGAUAUGGAAACUAUUGCACUCCCAAAGGGUUGUAGUACUCUUUUGACAAAUAAGUUGCCCCUUAAAAUGAAAGAUCCAUGGAGCUUUACUAUCCCAUGUUCAAUUGGCAACUAUUAUUUGGGUAAGGCUUUAUGUGACUUGAGAGCUAGCAUCAACCUAAUGCCACUUUCAACUUUCAAAAAGUUGGGAAUAGGUCACAUAAAACCUACUGCAGUGACAUUGCAACUAGUAGAUCAAUCUUUGGCUCAACUUGAAGGGAAAAUCAAAGAAAUCUUAGUUCGUGUGGAUAAAUUCGUUUUUUUUGCUGAUUUUAUCAUACUUGACUGCGAGGCAGACAAGGAGGUUCCCAUAAUCUUGGGACGACCCUUUUUAGCCACUGGACGAACUCUUAUUGAUGUCUACAAAGGUGAAUUGACCAUGUGA